ACUCUGAGAAUUAUAUAUUAAGAUGAUACAUCUCACCGUGGCCUCCAUCGUACCCAUCGCGUUGACAAUUCUGCAUGUAUCUGCUCUGAGUCCAGAAAUUACACAGCCACCGACCAAUGGGGUGACUGUAGAUGGGAAAAGUGUUCGGAUUCCCUGCCGCGUAUCCGGUGUUCCGGAACCUGAAGUCAAAUGGUUCAAAAAUGGCCAAGAACUCACAGCAGGCAGAUACCGCAUCCUUGAAUCCGGGGAUCUUGAAAUUGAUAAUGUCCACUUCGGCGAUGCUGGGACCUACAGAUGUAACGCAUUAAACAAAUUUGGCAGUGAGGAAGCCUCCGGUAAUCUUGAGGUGAAAGAACACACGACCAUCACCGAUGAACCGGAAGACUACGAAGUUGCUGCUGGAUCUACAGCAACAUUCAGAUGUAAUGCUGUGACAGAUUUAAGUUUGUCACUGAUUAUUGACUGGCUGCGUAACGGAGAGCGGAUAGAUUUUGGCACUGAGCAGAGGUUUAUUAUGGCCAACGAUUAUUCAUUGACCAUUACAAAGACUAUAGACUCAGAUUCUGGAACAUACACAUGCGUCGCUCGUACAGAGCUAGAUGAAGCAAAAGCUGAAGCUACAUUAAUGGUCCAAAAUGUGCCGGAAGCACCUCGCUUAGAGGUAGUAAUGUGCGAUAUACAUGAAGCCAACGUCCAAUGGGUCCCUACAGGUGACAAUAGAGCUCCCAUCCUUCGAUACACCAUCCAAUCUAAAACCAGUUUGAACAAUGACACGUGGGUGGUUAUAAAGGACGAUAUUCCGGCCACAGCGCAAAACUACACCGUACCGCUGACACCCUGGGUCGAAAAGGCCUUCCGUGUUUUGGCGUGGAACAAAAUAGGGGUGUCGUUACCAUCGCAAUCCAGCGAGGCUUGUGUCACUCCACCUGAUGUCCCUCAUAUGAACCCGAAGAACGUUAGAGCUGCGGGAACAAAUCCUCAUAAUAUGGUCAUUAGAUGGACCGUGAUGCCUCGGACAGAUCGUAAUGGGCCAGGGUUCAAGUACCGAGUGUUCUAUAAGCGUGAUGCAGACGGCGCAGAAUGGACUGUUACAGAUAUAAACAACUGGAAAUUGCACAAACUCCAGAUAGACAAUCUGCCGACUUACCAGCGGUACAAGAUCAAAAUUAUCGCCAUUAAUGACCUGGGAGAGUCCAGGAUAGCGGCGAACGAAGUCUUCGGCUACUCGGGAGAGGACGUGCCGCAACAAGCUCCGGGGAACUUCACGCUGUUAAAUGUAACCGGAAGUACGAGUGCAUUAUUCUCAUGGAGCCCUGUACCAGAAAAGUCGAUUAGGGGAAAAUUUCGGGGUUAUAAAAUCCAGACGUGGACAGACAAGAAUACGGAUGAAAAUAUAACCGAGAUUCAUGUGAACAAGGACAGGACCAGAUUUCUGUUUCAAAAAUUGGUGCCAUUCAGCAAAAACUACGUGAGGAUUCUUGCCUACAAUAAAAGGUACUACGGCCCACCGUCGGAUACGCUGAGCUUUGAAACACCUGAGGGAGUUCCAGGAAUGGUCCAAUCGUUCGACGCAGAUCCUCUGGGAUCUGGCGCGCUCAAUUUAACCUGGGCAAAGCCUGAACAUCCCAACGGAAUUCUCACCGGGUAUAGAAUUUACUACGAAACCGUUUCAGGCACAGAUUUGGGUCCCAUUCGGGAGAUGAGACCGUCCGUCACGGACCCAGAAGCGACUAGUGUCGAGCUACAUGGGUUGUUACCAGAAACUACCUACAGAAUUCAUAUUCGAGCCACGACAAGAGCUGGGGAAGGUGAACAAUACUUUAUCGAACGAUCAACAGACGGCCCAGACACAGAAGAUUAUUAUGACGAAUAA